GGUGUCACUGCGAAAAAAGGUGCCGAUACAGACGUGGCAUCGAUUGGAAAUUUAGACAUUCACGAACAGAUCUGCGAACAUCACAAGAACGAGAAAACGUCGUUAUUUUGCAGAAAGCACGUGGCGGUCAUUUGUGGACGAUGCUUAAAGAAAAAUCACCUGAGUUGUGAAAAGCAAUUAGUAGAUCUCGUUGAGGUUUCCUAUCCGAAUACACACCGUUUGAAUGAAGUUGUGCAUGGGCUAAAGAAUGUAUUGAUGGACGCACAAAAUCUAGAAAAGGAUUUAAGUGUCUGCAGAGAUAAUAACAAUUCAGCCAAAGAAGAGAAUUUCAAAGCUGUUCGGGACUUCAGAAAAGACAUUGACGAUUAUUUUGAUAAAUUACAAAGAAAAGUAGAAAAUGAGAUAACACAAUGCCAUUCGAAAAAUAAUGGCAUAUUAACGGCACAACUUAAAACAUGCUUGCAGGUAAAAGAAACAGCGUUAAUAAAACAGCAACAAAUUGAUUCCAUAGUACAGAAACAUCUAAAGAGUACUCUUUAUGUAGCAACUGAGAACUUAGAACCAGAAAUAGUUUUGCUUAAACAAACUCUAAAUAAAGCUUCAAGAAAGGCUAGGGUUCCAAUGUACGAGUUUCAGAAAAGAGAUAUCAUUCAAAAUAUGAUUUCAACGGAAGAUGUUUUAGGCAUCGUGGAAGAUAUUACCACCGGAAGUGAUGAGAUAACACACACAAUACAUGUACAUGAAGAACGCAAUAACGAGCUGUUGCAGUCCCGAGGCAUACUUUACCAGCUGAGUCAAAGUAACAAGUCUGGACCGCUGUCCUGCCAAAUCAACCAGCCGUUUAGAGUGACCGAAAAUGAGCUACACAAAGCGGAUGAGCCCUGGAAACCAAGACGGCUGAAGCCUGGUACCAGCCAGCAGGAAGUGGAGGAAAACGACGCUGCCACAGAGUACCUGUACAAGAAGACACGAAGCAUUCUAAACAAGCUGACACCGCAAAUGUUCCAGGUACUCGUAUCACAGAUGCAGGAAUUGAAGAUUGACACGGAGGAUAAACUGAAAGGAGUCAUUGAUCUUGUCUUUGAGAAGGCCAUAAGUGAACCUAUCUUAUGUGUAGCCUACGCCAACAUGUGUAGAUGUCUUUCAAUGUUUAAAGUCAAGUCCAACUCAAAACCAGGGGAGAUGGUUAACUUCCGAGCAGUGUUGUUGACGCGAUGUCAACGUGAAUUUGGCAAACCAUCAAAUCCCGGCUUUGCUACCAAACGUGAGGAAUUCGCUAAAUGUGCAGAUGAAAGUAAAAAGAAACGAUUAAAACGAGAAUUAUAUUAUGAAGAAGCAGAGGCACAACGGAGGUCUCUAGGAAACAUUAGAUUCAUAGGAGAAUUAUUCAAGUUAAAAAUGUUGACUGAAAACAUAAUGCAUAAUUGUGUGUCCGAAUUAUUAGAACCUGAGGACCCUGAGAGUUUAGAGUGUUUGUGUAAGCUACUUACCACUAUAGGGAAGGAACUGGAUACUUGUAGAGCCGGGUUCUGGAUGGAUCUGUAUUACCAAGAUAUGAACAGAAUAAUUCACGAUGUAAAUACCUCUGCAAGAGUGAGAUUCAUGCUUCAAGCUGUGAUAGAUGAUAGAUUAAACAAUUGGAUAUCUCGCUGUACAGACAACAAUCCAAAACGAAUCACCCGGACCCGCACGGAACUCGUGCAUGUGUGGCAGUAGACGACCCUUCUAUUGGAACAAUUCAAGCAACAACAAGAGUCGCAGAAUAAAGAGACAAUUGAAGGGUUUCCGAAAAUGGUGUCAGUGUCUUCGAACCGAAGCGUGGAGAAAAAA